UCUGGCACAACAGCGGGCACCGAGUCAUCUGGCACGACAGCGGGCACCGAGUCAUCUGGCACGACAUCGGGCACCGAGCCAUCUAGCAUAACCGCGGGCAUCGGGUCACCAAGCUCGACAGCGGGCACCGAGCCAUCUGGCAGGACAGCGGGCACCGAGUCAUCUGGCAGGACAGCGGGGCACCGAGGCACCAGGCCGGACCACGGGCACCGAGGCACCAGGCCGGACCACGGGCAACGAGGCACCAGGCUGGAUCGGGUCACUAGAUCAUCAAGCUGGAUAGGAUCAUCAGGCCGGAUCGGGUCAUCAGGCUGGAUAGCG